AUGGUUGUCAGUAAAGCCAUAAGAGCUACUGGAUGCGCAUCAUGUCGCCUAUCAUUGUUAAGGAGUGUUGUAUCGCUCCCUAUUCGACCUAUGCCAGCAUCUGGGAAACUACAGGCGAAUAAGCUUCCGGGGCAACAAAUUCGAUUUUUAUCUCAUUCACGAUUGAUCGAACAGGAUGAAACUUUCAAGCAUGAGGAGAUUUUAGAUGGGGAUAAGACAGAUAGAGAUAAGUUUGAGAAAGAAAAUCUCCAAGAUCAGGAUAUUCUGGAAGAUCGAGACCUUUUGGACGAGAACCAGGCAAUGGGGGAAGAGGUCGAGAAUUCGGUUUCGGCUGUGCCAUGGUAUUUACAAGUUGAAGCACCUCAAAAAACACCUCAAACCCUUUCUGAACGUCAAAGAAUUCCAGAUCUACCAGAAUUGCCACCUCCGAUCCUCGAACCUAUGCUACAAGAGAUCUCAAUCGACUUAGGCCUCGACAGUCUUACAAUAUUAGACCUGCGAAAGCUUGACCCUCCACCUGCACUAGGAGCGAAUCUGAUCAUGCUUAUCGGAACUGCACGAAGUGAAAAGCAUUUACAUGUCUCUGCGGAUCGAUUAUGUCGGUGGUUGAGAAGUACAUAUAAAUUACGACCAAGCGCAGACGGAUUGUUGGGAAGAAAUGAAUUGAAAUUGAAGUUGAGACGCAAAUCAAGGAGAGCUAAGCUUCUGGGAAGUGUGGGUGAUGAGAGUGGCGACGACGGCAUAAGAACGGGUUGGGUUUGCGUCGAUAUUGGUGUGGUUGAGAGCCCAGAUGUACACGCAAAUGCUACACCCGAAGGCGAUGGCUUUGUGGGCUUUGGAAGACGGACCGAUGGUGUUAGAAUUGUCGUUCAAAUGCUUACCGAAGAGAAGAGAGAAGAGAUCGAUCUAGAAAAGUUAUGGGGUGGAAUUUUGCGAAGGUCUGGUCAGUCAGAAGUUGAAGUUGAAGAGGUAGUUGAAGACGCAGAGGUUGGAGAACCAAUAUCUACAUCGAAUUCUCAAACUUUACAACAUACUACAGCAUCAAUCGCUAAACCUCGAGGUUUUCAUGUCCCUCAGACUCGACGAUUCCAUACUUCGGUAGAAAGAAAAUCUGACAAUCCAAGGGACCAACACCCACACGGUAUCUUAUCCUCACCACAACAAGACGCACCAAUUGAAAACAAAAGACUAACAGAACUCCAGCAAUCAGUACUUUCCGACUUCUCCCUAGGUGAAUUCGAAAGGGCGAAGAACAGUGUUUUGGAAUGCUGUGCUAACAACGUAGAGUUGGAUUGGCAAAGUUUCCUGUUGCACCACUUGCGGAUGUAUCUUGAGAAUGUCUCAGUGGAGCAGGCAAUGUUUGAUUUGGGCAAAGGCUAUACUCCUGGGGAUACAUCCUUUCUCAAGUGUUUUAAAGAUGCUGUGAUUGGUGACGCAGAAUCCCAUCACCCCGCCCCAUUCAGGUGGGAUUAUGUCUUCUGGCUAUUCCAUUAUGGUCGAGAUAUUGGACACCCCUGGUUUCAUACCAUGAAUUUAAUAAACUUGUUCAGAAGAUUUGAAAGAAAGAAAAAUGACGAUAGUGAUAUAUCUGAUGAAUAUUACCACAGAAUCAUACGUACCAUACUUGAACCUGUCCAUGGCCCUUCAGACACGAACUCCGCUCCUUCACGCCUUAGUGCCCGGCUCGCACUAAAGGUCAUUCAAACAAUGUACAGACGUGGUCACAAGAUUUUUACAGAAGAAAUGUUCGUGACUUUACAAGAAGCCACAGAACGUAUUCCGGACCUUGAUAUCGCAACUGUUCAACCAGAAGCGACCGUCAAUGAUUCUUUCGGAAUACCUACAAAGGCAAUGACACCAAUUCAACGUCGCAUCCAUACUCUAAUGAUGAACCUCGAGUCACCUCCCUUUUCAGAUGAAUCUAGAAUGCGACUGAUGCAACUAUAUGCACGAAAUGAACAGUGGGUAGCCUUUUGGGAUAUUUGGAGAUUGCCUCUUCGUCAAUCCAAAUCACAAUCAGCCGACAUGUAUGCAUAUGUUUUUCAGAGAGUAGCAGAGACAGGGCACCAGAAACUCUGUAUAAAAGCAUUACAGACUUGGAUUGAGGACUUAGACCGUGAAGAACCCUCUGUGAAACUAGAAGGUGAUGUUGCAGAAGCUGUUAAAGCUUGUUUGAUGGUUGCGGAGAAGGGUAUCGAGCAAGAAGCAAUUGCGAACCCUGAGAAAACUGGGCAAUGGCAUUCUUUAUGGCGAAGAUGCCACGGGGGAGAUGAAGAAUGGAAACAAAUUGUUGAUAUUAUGGUUGCUGACUAUGAGCAAGGCGUUGGCCAGAAUGAUGGUGUUGAAUUGAAUGAGAAUAAUGCUAUGGCUACUGAUCAAGAAUCUAACCAGAUCUAUGGUGAUGAGUUACAAAAGGAUUCAAUCAGUCACGUCUAA